CGAGCGUUAUUACUUGAUUUAGUGCAAGGCCUGCGCUCAUUUUCGUUCCAGCAGUGGCGCAUUAAAGUUAGCGAUCCGCUGCGCUGCCAUUCCAUAUAUGUGUUACACAUAUGUAUCGGAGCAUGCCAGAAUUACUAUCUGUGUGCGCGAAUAUAGAGUGUGAUUUCGCUGUGUAAACAAGAACCGCGAAUCGGAGAAUAUAUAGUAUAGCAGGCAAAAAAAUCACACGGAGCGGCGCGCCUGAAAAACCCGUGAGUCAUCGCGACGUGGCCGCAGCAGAUAAUUUCCCAUUCGCCGCGACAUCGGGGAAGUACCCAAAAACGAAUAGUCGAUCGGAGCAGCGCGCUUCGAUCAUUAGUGUUUCGCUCGGCAAAGUCAGCGGUUCAGUUUUUGGAAUUAUAACGACGCAAUAAACAGGAAAAAUAUUUGCUUGAUAAAGAAACAACGACGAAAAUGAAUCAAUACUACGAUUUGGACAAGGGCAAAAAUGUGCUUUUCAUGAACGAUGCAUCCAGCACAAGUGGAUACAGUAGUGGCAACUCCCCCACCUCCACCACCCAAUCCUUGUCGCCCGCCCACUCCCCCGAAACGAUGGCCCUGCAAACGGAUUUUGCCAAUCUGAACUUGCCAGCCGGCAACUCACCACAGCCGCUGGCGCUGCCAAACUCACCAUACCAACAUCAGCUGUUGAGCCAACAAUUCGACGCCAGCAAUUUGAUAAAUUCCGCUGGAGUUGCGAAUGCCCAAGGGUUUGGCAACAUGUACAUGGAUCAUCAGUACUAUGUGCCCGCUGCAGUGCCUCCCGCUCCUGGCGGCCAGCUCUUUGGAUACCAGCAAAACGGACUGGCGGCUGGCGGCGAUAGCAAACACGUGCCGCAGCUGAGAAUCGUGGAGCAACCGGUGGAGAAGUUCCGGUUUCGCUACAAGAGCGAAAUGCAUGGAACACAUGGAUCCCUGAACGGGGCCAACUCCAAGAGGACGCCCAAAACCUUCCCGGAGGUCAGCCUUUAUAACUACGACGGACCCGCCGUCAUCCGUUGCAGUCUGUUCCAAACCAAUCUGGACAGCCCCCAUUCCCAUCAGUUGGUGGUGCGCAAGGACGAACGGGAUGUCUGUGAUCCCCAUGAUCUGCACGUGUCCAAGGAUCGGGGCUAUGUGGCCCAGUUCAUCAACAUGGGCAUCAUACACACCGCCAAGAAGUACAUCUUCGAGGAGCUCUGCAAGAAGAAGCAGGAUCGCCUGGUCUUCCAGAUGAACCGUCGCGAGUUGUCCACCAAACAGAUGCAGGAGCUGCACCAGGAGACGGAGCGUGAGGCCAAGGACAUGAAUCUUAACCAGGUGCGUCUCUGCUUCGAGGCCUUCAAGAUCGAGGACAACGGCACCUGGGUGCCCAUUGCUCCGCCCGUGUACAGUAAUGCGAUCAACAACCGGAAGUCGGCGCAAACCGGAGACCUGAAAAUCGUGCGGCUGAGCAAGCCCACGGGCGGAGUAAUGGGCAACGAUGAGCUUAUAUUGCUGGUGGAGAAGGUCAGCAAGAAGAACAUUAAGGUGCGCUUCUUCGAGGAGGACGAGGAUGGCGAGACCGUGUGGGAGGCCUUUGCCAAGUUCCGGGAAUCGGAUGUCCACCACCAGUAUGCCAUUGUGUGCCAGACGCCUCCGUACAAAGACAAGGAUGUGGACCGUGAGGUGGGCGUUUCCAUUGAGCUGAUACGUCCCUCCGACGACGAGCGAUCCUAUCCGUCGCUGCCCUUCCGCUACAAGCCGCGCGAUGCGAUCGUGUCUAGGAAACGCCGACGCACCUGCUCCUCGGCCAACAGCAGCAGUUCCGGCAAUCCGAGCUCCAAUAAUUCCCUGGAUCUUCCCAAAAUAUUGGCCCUGGCGCAGCCACCCAAUGGAUUGCCAAACUUCUCGCACCACGAUCAGACAAUCAGUCAGGAGUUUGGUCGCGAAAUGCAUCUGAAUGAUUUGAUCAACUCGGAAAACUUCCGCAAGCUUAUAGAGCACAACUCGGACGAGCUGGAGAAGAUCUGCAAUCUGGACAUGGGCGAGCUGCAGGCAGAUGGCCAUGGGCGUUCCGAAGUGAUGCCGUCAUCGUCGUCGUCGGGUCGAAGCCUCACCACUCAGUACCUGAGUGCUAUAUUCAAGAUCUUCGAACAACGAACAACGAUGGGGGCCGAGACCUCGCGCCGCCGAGUAGAAGAACUAUUCACAGAUCACGCUUUGAAGAACGACAACAACGAUACGUUGCUGCACGAGGUGAUUAGCUACAAAAAGGACAACCUGAAGUUGGCCAUCAGGACGAUACAGGUAAUGAAUCACUUUAAGCUGAGCGAGCUGGCCAGCAGUGCAUUGAAUGCGGAUGGAGACAGUGCGUUGCAUGUGGCCUGUCAGCACGAUCGACCGCACUACAUACGUCCCUUGAUGGGCCUAGAGGUAAGCCCCAAUCAGCAGAACCACGCGGGCAACACGCCCUUGCAUUUGGCCGUUAAGGAGGAGCACAUUAACUGCGUGGAGAGCUUCCUGAAGGGACAGCCCACCAUGAUGCAAUUGGAUCUCUCGCUGAAGAACGACGAUGGGCUCACGCCAUUGCACAUGGCCAUCCGGCAGAACCGGUACGAUGUGGCCAAGAAACUGAUCAGUCAUGACCGGAGUUCGAUUAGCGUGGCCAACACAAUGGACGGAAACAAUGCCCUGCACAUGGCUGUGCUCGAGCAAAAUGUGGAGCUACUCGUGCUCAUUUUGGAUGCCCAGAAUCAAAACCUCACCGACAUUCUGCAGGCACGAAAUGCCGCAGGCUAUACGCCACUGGAGUUGGCCAGGCACAAGGCAAACGAGCGGGUGGUUCAGCUGCUGGAGAAGGUGUAUCCGGAAAAGAGUGAUGGAUGCGCCAUGACCUGGAUUCCGCGAAAGGUCAAGGAGGAGAUAGACUCAUCCUCGGAUGAGAGCAGCGAGGCUGGCCAGCUGGAGAUCAAGUCCGAGGAGAUGGAUAUCAAAACAGAGGACGAGGAUCCCGAGGAAUUGGACUUGAGCUCCGGUCGACGAGCACGGCAAUCAGUGGCGGCGACCAGUGAAGAUGCCGAAAUGGAGCCCGUUCCGCGUCACAAACUGCAGCUGCUGCUCAGGAACAAGUCGCUGUACGACCAACUCAGUGCGCUGCUCAAUGAGCCACUGGGACAUGGGCCAGAUCCCAGUCUGGCCAAAUGGAAGCAGGUGGCCCGCCAAGCCAAUCUGGAGCAGUUCAUCUUUCUCUGGCUGAGUGCCGAUGGUCUAUUGGAUCACAUCCUGGAAAACGGCGCCAGUGAGGAGUUUGCAGCAUUUGCCCGCGCCCUUGAGACAAUCGAUGCAAAGGCCUACGCACUUCUAGAUCGAGAUUUACAUUAGGUCCUAGGUUACUCCUCUUCCUCCCAUGUACACCCCAAACCCAAUCCCUCUCAAAACAGAAACAACUUGAUUUUGUAUUGAACAUGUUGAUCAAUAAAGUACCUUAGUUUUAUAA